UUGCUAUUAACGAUAGGUAGCGCUUAAUGGCUGUUUCCGGUUUCUGUUCCACGAAAUUAUAGAGCAACGCUCCGUCAAGAUAAGUGUUGUAAUGAAUGGCAAUUGGUGAAAACGAUAUCGUUCACGAGAACAAUAUGGAGAUAUCAGAAGAAUGCAGCGAUUCUCCCAACGAACGCUUCAUUUCGGUGCUUGACGAAGUGGAACUUAGAGUUGAGGGAUUGAGGCAGCAAGCAUUGGCGGUUGAAAAAGAAAAGGAAAGUCUUUUGCAGACAUUACAUUGUCUGCAGCAAAACCCUGAAUUGUAUAAGGUUACCCACGAUGAAAGAGAGGAAAUCAACAUAACUGCUGAGCGCCUUAUUUGCCGUUGUUUAACAGUGGACGUAUCUGUCACAAUUCCACGGACACCAGCCCAAGAACAGGCCUUACAGCAGUGCCAACAAAUGAUCCGUGAACUUGAAAUUCAAGUCCGAGAAAAAUGUAAAAGAUCUACUGAAAUUGUACAGACAUACAUGAAUGCUUGUCUCUCUGAACCCAAGGGGCCAGUAGAUCAAAAAUUCCAGAGUGUUGUUAUAGGUUGCACUGUGGAUGAUCAAAAACAAGUGAGAAAAAAAUUGUGUGAAUGGAGUCGGGUGUUAGCAACAAUGAAAUCUGAAGAAUCAAAUAAUGUUGAAGGUGCUCAUAAUCUGGGUGUAAAUGGUGAAGUCUACAACACAGACUGAUGUGUAUCUUAUCAUAACACUUAUAUAAGCACCUGCCAAUGUAUAAAAUUAGUUAUUCAUCAAGCACUCUUGCUAAAUUCUACUAACACGGAGUCAUUUCAUGUCAAAUAUUUUUACAUGACCAUUUUUAUACCAAAUUGAACUCAGGAACAUGUAACAUAGAAUACAUGAGUGAUGGGGCAAAUUUGCCUUGGUGUAUUAAUCAGCAGAGAUUUUUGUGGUGCACUGUCAUUCUUGAUUCAGCCUUCCUUACCAUGAGAAGAAUGUGCUAAUGAAUAUAAUAAUGGUUGAGGAAACAAAUAUUGACUUCAACACUUACAGUCUUCUGAAAUGAAAGACAGCAUAUUCAACAUUUCUUUGAUUUGAAGUGUAACAUAGUAUAAUGGUAUGAUUGACUCUACAAACUGGAAGAAAACAUUUUUCUUAUUGUGUAUGCUAUUAAUGAUGAAUAAUAUGUCACGUGUCAGUCUGCAUAUCAAGGUUUCUGUAAAAUGUCAGUGUCUCUUAAACAGUAAUGAUUGUAUGUUCUGCCAACUUACAUUGUAAUCUGGGGCUUGUGCUUGGUGGAGAAUACUGUUUUUUAUUCUUAAACCAUUUUAGUUUUUAAAAAGAUAAAGCUCCACGUGUUGUUGGUCUUGCUGUAUUCAUCUGUUUAACUUUAUACAUACAGUGUAUGUAAUUGGUUUUAACAGACUGCCCAGUUUAUAUGUUCAUAUAAUUUUGCAUACAGCUGAACUUAUUUCACAUUCCCUCUGGGCAUCUGACUGUAUAUGAGCAAUCCAGAAACCAUCAUACAUAGCAAUAAUAAUAAUAUGUCACCUGCAGUAUAUGUUGUGUUCAAGAGUCUGUUUAUAUUGUCAGCUUUUAUCUCAUAAAAUAUGUUUAUAUGGACACUUA